UGCGGAAAGGGGUGCCCUCGUCCGUUCGGCGAGACUUACCUUGCCUUAAAUCGGUCGAAACCGAGGUUGUGUGACACGACAUCGGCACGUAAUACGGAGAAACUUACAAAUUUUAUCCGGCGUACGCGGAAGGGGUUAAAUGGAACCGGGAGGGAGCAGAGGCGGCUCUACGGACGCUCGGCGGAAAUGGUCCCGUCCACCGCGCUCCGCAGUCCGCAGCGGCCAUGGCGUCACCGGGAAGUGUGGGGAGUCGAGAAACUUCACCGAUGUAAAUAACGUCGGCGUCUCUGUCGGUAGCCGGCCCACCGAAGCGGGGCUGACGUCGACCGCGGACGGGAUACGAAGUAAACGCCAGCUCCUCUUCCAGCAUGCCUCGGAAAAAGCCGUUCAGCAACAAGCAGAAGAAGAAACAGCUCCAGGUCAAACGGGAGAGGAAGAGAGGGGACACCGGCUCUGGGCCAAGCAGCCGCAAUGCCAGUGUGGAGAGAGGAGGAGAGAGGCAGUCGGACACAUCAGAUGGUGAGACCACCGAUACGAUCCGGAGGAUAAACCAGCAGCCUUCCAGUAGAGAUGGCAGAUAUGACUCCAACAGGUUCCGGCUGCACUAUGAAAAGGAAGGUAAAGAGGAGGUGGAGAAGAGGAAGAAGGCUGCUAGAGAGAAGGUUUUGCAGCUUUUGUCGGAUAAAGAACUUGAGGUUGACAUCAACGAAAUCUACCCCACAGAAAAAGGCCUUGGUUUCCCAAGAAGACCACCCUGGAAUUAUGAAAUGACACGUGAGGAGCUGCUCAGAAAAGAGGAGAAGUCCUACAGAGAAUACCUGGAUGACUUGCACUCUAGAAACCCACCUGGCUCCCUGAGCCACUAUGAACACAAUCUGGAAACAUGGAGGCAGUUGUGGAGAGUGUUGGAGAUGUCUGAUGUUUUCCUGCUCAUUGUGGACAUAAGGCACCCGGUGCUUCAGUUCCCUCCAGCCUUGUACCACUAUAUCACAGGGGACCAGCGUAAGCAGGUGGUCUUGGUGCUCAACAAAGCCGACUUGUGUCCCCCGCCACUAGUGAUUGCCUGGAAACACUAUCUGGCCUCCCAGUUCCCCCACCUCCAAACUGUCUGUUUCACUUCCCAUCCUGGACAGCCCUACAGCACAGUGCUGCAGAAGAAGAGGAUGAGGAGGAAGGCUGGGUGGGGUCAGGCUGGAGGUCCUCUAGAUAUUCUUAAGGCUUGCCAGGAGAUCACCGCUGGAAGAGUUGAUCUUUCCAGCUGGGAGCAGAAGAUUCAGAGAGAUGCUGUUGCUGAGUCACCAGACGGGGAAAGGUCAGAAGAGGGGGCAGAGUUGGUGCUGAUGGAACACCAUACUGACAGCGCCAUGGAGAUGAGCAGCCCAUCCCAGGAACUCUACAAAGAUGGGGUUCUUACAUUGGGCUGCAUAGGCUUCCCGAAUGUUGGGAAGUCAUCUGUGAUAAACAGCCUGGUGGGGAGGAAGGUGGUAAGCGUGUCUCGAACCCCAGGCCACACUAAAUACUUCCAGACCUACUACCUCACCCCUACAGUCAAACUGUGCGACUGUCCUGGACUCGUCUUCCCUUCCCGUGUGAAUAAACAGUUACAGAUCUUGGCAGGCAUCUACCCAGUAUCUCAGCUGCAGGAGCCUUAUAGCUCAGUGGGGUAUCUGUGCGAGAGGACCCCCUUCCUGUCAGUGCUAAAGCUCAAACAUCCCAGCUUGCAGGAGAGCCAGCCCCAUCAAGGAGAGCAGGGCUCUGAGGAGCUCAGCUGGACAGCGUGGGAUGUAUGUGAGGCCUGGGCAGAGAGAAGAGGCUAUAAAACAGCAAAGGCGGCCCGUAAUGAUGUGUACCGUGCAGCCAACAGUCUCCUGAGACUGGCCAUUGAUGGCAGACUUUGCCUGUGCCUCAGACCACCAGGCUAUAGCUGCUUGAGAGGGCACUGGGAAAAUCAUCCUGAUCUUCCAGAGAUCAUGGCGCUGCAGGGAAGAUUAGAGGAAGAGGAGGCAGGAGAGCGGUAUGAGGACGAGGAUGGAGAGUCCAGCACCGAGCCAGAGGAAGAGCAAGACAGGGAUGCAGAUGAUGAUGAGGAUGGAGAUGGGGAUGAUGAAGAUGAGGGGUUCGCACGCCCGAAAAGGAAGGAUGAUAUGCCUGCUGGCCUCACUGUCAACAUGUAUGACGUCCUUCGGGAAAAUGAAUGCGAGUGAUUGACAGAUGGGAAGAGAGUGAGAAAUAAUGAAAGCAGCUCCUGAUCCCUCGCCCAAUGCACUUUCAUUCCUUUCUUUUAUGUCAUUCCUUCCUUGCAUCUCCAUUCCUCAUGCCAUUAACAUUUCUGUAGAGCAACAUGAUCCACUAUUAUUCUUCCCUCUCCCUGUUACAUGCAGUAAAAUAUUCACUUAUUCCUUGCUGUGCCUCUGCUCUGCUUGUUCAGCCGUUUAAUAUCUAUUUCAUGAUUUCAAUUCAAAGAUGUUUUUUUCUUCUUCUUUUGUUUGGGCUUGGUUUGGUCAUUUUCAUGCAUGUAUUUAUUGAGAAAAACAAAAAAAAACCCUUCAUUCCUUAGCUGAUAGAGGCAUUUUGGUUUUCCGUCUGUCAGUAGGUAGCGUUGCUGCCGAGAUGCUUAAGUUUAAGAAAGGUCAUCAGGCUGCAGUCAGGAAGGUGAAACAAAUCAGACACUCUGUUCACGAUGUCAACCAACGGGAUGGCUUCUUGGCCCCGCCGGCGAAGUGGAGAUUUAACCUACACAACCCUAAAUCUUCAUAACUUGUCUGCUUUGAUCAAGGAGGCUGGAGUGGGAUGUGCCUUGUGGGAUUUUGUGAGGUUCAUUUAUCUGAACUUGGUAUUGAUUAUAUUAUUUCUCGACGUGAUUUGGAUUUGCUCAGCUCCACGCAAGUCAGCAGGACGUUUCAUGGUCAUGAGCGGUGAAUGGGGUUGUGGAUCCGGUGUUCCUGGAUUAGGCUUUUUCAGGGGUUGGACCUGUAGUGUUUUUACAACCACAAACUAUUUUCAUAGCAUGCUGUUAAAGAUUUAUUUGAUGCGGCUUCGGGCUACAUCCAUUCAGCAAGAGUAUUGGCUAAUGCAAUACGGUGUGUUUGAUGGACUAAGUUCCUCGAAUUCAGUGAGCCGGGCAGAGAGAGAGAGAUUGGCCGCUUCAGUUUUAAUUUGACCACCAUUGUAACAGUUAGAAGUUAUUUUUUCCCCCCGCUACCCUUGGUUUUAUUGGCAACAUUUGCAUAUUUGAAAAAGCAGCUGAUGGGCUUGUCAGGAUAUCUGCACAAAUUAUGUUCUUUCAAAAGUGAACACUUGAAAAAGAAAAUAUUCUUUUUAAGUAUUUAAGCAAGAUACCGUGACUUUACUGGCCAGUCUCUUUCUCUCUCUCUCUCUCUCUCUCUCUCUCUCUCUCUGCCUGCAACACGGCCCUGCUACAAUCCUGUGUGUAUUUUUGUGUGCUGCUGUUGCACUUCUUUACCGAGUGACAUUUUAUUCCGAGGGAACACUACAGCACAUUGUUGUGUUACCAUGUAAUACAUCAUGCUGCCGCUACAUGCACUGGUUUUUUCCAUCGGUACUAUGUAAUGCAACCGUUCCAACACCACUCUGCUGUCUGAAGCACAGCACAUGGUUGGACACGGUUGUCUUACUCUGGACUUCUGUGGAAAUAUUGAAACUGACACAUGCUUCGGAGAGUUAAGUUCAAGUACGAGUGCUUAAGUAUAAGGUGUGUCCAGGCUAUUUGCUGCAUUCCUCAUUUCAUUCCAGGUGUACCUAAGGAGAAAAACUGGAUUGUUCCCUGCAAUAAAUUAUAGUC